AUGAACAGUGGAGGAAAAACUGUUUCGAACAAUAACUCAGCAGGCUCUGUGUCGGAGGCUGGUCCAGGUCCAUCACAAGAAGAGACCCCUAGAGAUGUCCGUCUUCUGCACCUGCUGCUCGCAUCGCAGUCCAUUCACCAAUACGAAGACCAAGUGCCACUGCAAUUAAUGGAUUUUGCACACAGGUACACACAGGGCGUUCUUAAGGAUGCUCUAGUAUACAACGACUACGCCGGCAAUGGAAACUCUGCAGGAAGUGGAUUAGGCGUAGAAGAUAUACGGCUUGCCAUUGCUGCUAGAACCCAAUACCAAUUCAAACCCACAGCACCAAAAGAGCUUAUGUUACAAUUGGCUGCAGAGAGAAAUAAGAAAGCGCUACCUCAAGUCAUGGGUACAUGGGGUGUCAGGCUACCUCCUGAAAAAUAUUGCCUCACAGCAAAGGAAUGGGACCUCGAAGAUCCAAAAUCUACGUGA